AUGACUGAGGAGACGUGCGGUGUCUCCUCUCCUUUGCGUCAGUCUUCGUCUUCCAUCUGUGGGUCUACAGCUUCUUCUUCGCGGGACGGUGCGCCUUCUUUUCCUGCCAACGGCGUCUUGGGGAAAGAAACAGCGUCUUCCGCCUCACCAUCCGCGUGUCCCCGCGCUGACUCUUCGCCUUCGUCCACUCCAUGUCCCUCCGCUUGCUCACCCGCCACACCGUGUUCCUCCUCCCGUGCGCCGUUCCCGUCUCUUCCCUCUUCGUCUGCCUCGUCUUCUCCGUCUUUUUCCUCCCUCUCGUGUCUCUUCAACGGUACCCUACACCGCCUGCACGCGACCAGCGAGGCUGCGGCUGCCCUCGGAAAGAGUGCCUCCUCCCUCCUCGAGGAGCUCUACGCGGUCGUUCUCGAACGCGACGCGCUGGAGGAAAAUGAGCAACGCCAGAAGCAGAAACGAGACCGCGUGGAAGCGACGGGCGAAAGCGACGGCGAGGGUAAAGACGCCUGCGUAUCGCCUGCAGGCGAACGUGUGGUGAAUCGGUUGGAACGUCUCUUGCUCUCUCUCCAGAGCAUUCUGAAUCAGGAGAGAGAACUCGCUCUCCAAGGACAAGAAGCUGUCGGGUCGCUGGACGCCGCUCUCCGCCUCCACCUGAAGGCCGAGCCUUCGUUUUUGGGCGCCGGCGGGACGGACAGGAAAGCGCCGGAACGGGGAACGGAAACAAACGCACGGCAGGGCGACGCUGCAUCUCCCUGGCCUUCUUCCACAGCAUCCUCCUCUCUUGCCUUCCCGUCCUGCUCUUCCGCGUCGGGCUCUUCCGUGUCGUCGCCUUUGGCUGCCUCGCCAACUGCCUGGGACACUCAGCAGGGAAGCGGGGUCGGGAGCGGCAGGGAGAGUGUGCACGUCGAGCGGGCUCGGCGAGAGAAGGAAGCCGUCUGCGCGUUCCUCGUUCUCUGCAGCCGCCUGGCCUCUUCCCUGGAAGAAGACGUGCAGUUCAAACAAAGCGUGAAGGAAGAACUGUGUCACUUCGCCCCGGCGGAGACCCUCCGAGCUGCAAAAAUCGCUUUCCUCGCGGAGCCGUACGUCUGGGAGCAGACCGACCUUCUCCAGAAGGCUCGCCUCUGCCUGGACGCGUGGACUCGAUCGACUGCGAGAGAAGGCGAGGACGCCGAGAAUCAGGAGCCCCGGGAGACAGAACCCGACGCAGCGGCAAGGUCGAGAUAG